AAGAAAAAUGGCGGCGGGUUUUAGUUCGGUUUUAAAACUUUCCGACUUGAAUGAUUUUAUCACUCCUUCUCAGGAAUGCAUAAAGCCUAUAAAAGUAGAAAAAAAAGAAGGUAAAACAGGUUCUAUCAAAAUUGGAAAUGAUGGAGACUAUUUCAGUGUUUCAGAGGAUGGAAAAACAUCUCGAUUAGAAAAAGCAAAAAUUUCUCUAACAGACUGUUUGGCAUGCAGCGGAUGCAUAACAUCUGCCGAGAGCAUCUUAAUCACUCAACAGAGCCAAGAUGAAAUAUAUCGAGUGCUGGCAGAAAAUUCUCAAUCUAAGGUAUGAUUAUUUAGCAUAAAAAUUGUAAUUUUUAUUGUAAAAUGUAAAAUGAUUAUAGAUAUUGAGAUAAAAAUCUUGAAAACUCUAAACUUAAA